UCUCUCUCUCUGAGUAAAAUUAUAACCUCAUCAACCUUUCAAAGUCCAAACCUUGGUCUCUCUUUCUCUCUCUGUCUCAGACAUCUCUCUCUUGAAAACCUUAACUAUGAAGAAAUUGUACCGCAGAGGGACCGUCCACCCGUCGCCGCCAAUCAUCUCCGACCACCUGUCCUUCCUUCCCGCCACGAUCCUAACCCUCACGGCGGCUCUCUCGCCCGAGGACCGUGAAGUGCUGGCCUACCUCCUCUCCUGCUCCAACAGCUCCGUAAACUUUAACGGCCGCCGGAGGACCACCACCACCACCACAACCACAACAACAAACCAGAGAGGAACCGGCGCCGAUCACCCUCCUCAGUUCAACUGCAACUGCUUCCGGUGCUACACCAGCUACUGGGUCAGGUGGGACUCGUCGCCGAAUCGCCAAGCGAUACAUGAAAUCAUUGAUGCGUAUGAGGCGGAGCUCAUGGCGCAGAGUAAGAAAGGGAAGGGUAGGAAGGAGAGGAGGAAGAGAGGGUGCAACAACGAGUUGGGUGAGCUGAAGCGGUCGGAGGCGAGUUCCGGGAAGGACGAAUCAGGCGAGUCGGGGGAGUUGGGUGGGGAGAGUAGCAACAGUGGGCAUGAGAGCUUUGGUGGUGGUGGUGAUGGAGAGGAAGGGUUGGAUAAAGGGUCGGUGAGAAGGCUUGUGAGCUUCAUUGGGGAGAGGAUUUGGGGUGUUUGGAGCCAAUGAAUUGGAGGGGUAAAGUGAAGGGAAAACAGAGAGAAAAAACAAGGUGGGUUUUACUUCUUUUUUGUUUUUCUAUAUAUCAUCUCCCUCUAAUUUUUAUUUUUAUUUUUAUUUUUAUUUUUCUCUUUUGUAUAUUACCCUUUUACAUUGUAAAAAUGGGUAGUGUAAUUUUGGAUCAUCAAGAUCGAGCUGGUUUUGUUCGAACAAAGACAUCCAAAUUGAUGUUCCUGUUAUUGUCGUUUCUAUCUAUUCUGUGAAUAUGAAUAAGUUUAGGAAGUUUUUAUCUGUA